AUGGCCCGCAUAAACCUGCCGCCCAUAACCCGGGCCCUGCUGGCAGCCACCGUCUUCUUCACGCUGCUCAACUUCGUCUUGCGGCCGCAGUCCAAUUGGGUCGAGAAGGUCGAGAAGCCCUUGAUCGGUGUCGGCAACGGCGUGCCCUACCUCACCAUCGUGCCCGGCCACUCGGUCAUAUAUCCCUGGGUCUUCGCGCUGGCCACCGUCGUCGAGCAGAACCUCGCCGGCCUCAUCAUCAAUGGCGCCACCCUCUUCUAUGGCGGACGCUACUUGGAGCGCGCGUGGGGAGAGAAGCAGUUCGCCAAAUUCAUCCUGUUCGUGGCUAUGGUGCCCAACAUCUUGAGCUUCCUGCUCUAUCUCGCCGGCUAUGUCAUCACCUCAAAGGCGGUCCUACUCCGCACCACCAUCUCUGGCGGCAUCGCCAUCCAGGCUGGCUUCCUCGUCGCCUUCAAGCAGCUCGUCCCCGAACACACCGUCGCCAUCGCAAAAGGCUUCAUUCGCAUGCGCGUCAAGCACUUCCCCGCCAUCUUCCUGCUCGCCAACACCAUCUCCGGCAUCGUCCUCGGCACCGAGACGGCCAUGUUCCUCGCCUACUUUGGCUUCAUGACGGCCUGGGUCUACCUGCGGUUCUAUCGUGUCAGUCCAUCGCUCUCUUCUGCCGCAACCGGUGACGGCUCGGUCAUCACGGGCGACGCUUCUGACACUUUCGCCUUCGCCUACUUCUUCCCCGAGCCCAUCCAGACGCCCCUGGGCCAGCUCGCAGACGGCAUCUACAACGUCCUGAUCUCGCUGGGCGUCUGCACACCCUUCUCCACCCAAGACAUCGAUGCAGGAAACGACCAGGCAAGCGCACGCGCCGAGGGAGGCUUGCCGAGCAUUAUGAACCCCAACAGCACGGGUGGAAGAGGAGGAGCGACACGCGCAGAGGCCGAGAGACGGCGGGCGUUGGCGUUGAAGGCGCUGGACCAGCGGCUGCAUGCGGCCGCCGCCCGUGCUGCGGCACCUGCUGCGCCGUCAGCUCCGGAAGCCUCGAACGUGUUGGGCGAGACGAACUACGAGCCGGACCGACCAGACGCCCUAACGCAGUCUGCAUCAUGA